GGCAGUGUGCCUUGAGAGCAGCCGCACAAACGAAGUAUGCUCUCGACAUGUGAAUGACGAUCACGAGGCCGUUGCUAGGCCACUACCCGCAGUUACUCUACAGGCGUGUGACGCCCACGCUGAAAGUCACGUCACGUCGUUUGUUUGUAAGGCAUAAAAGUUCACUUGCUCCCGCUUGUUUCUCCUUUCCGUCCACCACCUUUCCUCUCCAGACAUCGUCUUCCACCUACAAGAACCACCUCUUUCUGUCUUGAUCAAAGCAAACCACCCAACAUGUCCAAGACCGAAGGCAGCACCUUCACCCCGCGCGAUGCCCAGCUCCUCGUGGGCGCAAUGAACUGUGCCAAAAACGAACUGACCGUCGACUACGCCAAGUUCGCCACGACCUGCGGCUUCAAGAACGUCAACUCCGCCAGAGCUGGGUGGCACACGCUGAAGAAGAAAAUUGACAAGAUGGCUGAGGAUUCUGGCGGCGCCACUGGCACUCGCGACGACACCGAGCCUACGACCACCGUGCCCAAAGCCGCUGGCAAGAAGCGCAAAGCCGCCGCUGCCAAAGAGGACAACGAAGACGAUGCCGAAGCCCCAGCUGCCGCCACGAAGCCUAAGGCCAAGCGCGGUCGCAAGGCCAAAGACGUUGCGGUCGAGGCACCAAAGGAGACCGAGCCGUCUGACAGCGAGUCUGAGCUCAACGCUAUUCGCGAUGCUGUCGUGCCCACCGCCCAGCGCAACGCGGAGCGCAAGGCUGCUAAGAAGGGCGCGAAGGGCAAGAAGACGAAGGCCGCGGAGUCUGAGUCUGAUGAUGGAAUGGGGGAGGAUGAGCAGUCGGAGUAGGAAUGGAUCGACGUCUCGUUGCAUCCGAGAGAGGUGCUGGGUCGACGUUCGGAGAUUGUGAUAUGUGCAGGGUUACUGGUAGCAGAUCUGCUCUCCAUAAGGGAAGAGCGAAGAUCUGAUUCAUAGAGGAGCUGUUCUAUGGCACA